AUGCCAAACUCAUCAAUGUGGCUACGAUUUGGAAAUAUUAGCCCACAGGAUAAAGCGCGACACUGUCACCUCCAAGACAGAAAUAUGCUUGCAGCAGAGAAAGGUAUGUGGCAACAUUGUAGGCAACGUGUGAAGACGGACUUUGCAAAAAGUAAGGUCAAAAAGCAUUCCUACGCUUUCGGAGCUACUCCGUACAGGAAAUCGUCGCUAACGAAAUCAGAGUUGACACCCGAGUAAGA